CGAACGCGCAGCAUGUCUGGAGUCGCUGCUAAAAUAAGCAAAGACAGGGCUGUAGCCCGAGGUCUCGGCGCCCCCGGGAACCCGGUGAAGUAUCUCAACCAAGACUACGAGACGCUGAAGGCUCGGUGCUUGGCGUCCGGCGGUCUGUUUGAAGAUGACGCUUUCCCCGCGGGGCCAACUUCUUUGGGUCUAAAAGAUUGGGGACCGGACUCUGAGAACGCAAAGAAGAUUGUCUGGAAAAGACCCGCGGAAAUAAAACCUGACCCUCAGUUUAUUGUUGGUGGAGCUACCCACGGAGAUGUCCGGCAAGGAUCUCUGGGAGACUGCUGGUUACUGUCCGCCAUCGCCUCGCUGACACAAAAUCAAGACUUCCUCUCCCUGGUGGUUCCAGGGGACCAAAGUUUCCAGACUGACUAUGCAGGAAUCUUCCGCUUUAAGUUCUGGCAGUACGGCGAGUGGGUAGAAGUCGUAGUGGACGACCGGUUACCAACAAAAUCAGGAAAACUGGUGUUUGUGAAGUCGCUGGCCGGCAAUGAGUUCUGGAGCGCCCUCCUGGAAAAAGCAUACGCCAAGUUGAAUGGAUCCUAUGAAGCCCUGAAAGGAGGUUUACCGGUAGAGGCUUUGGAGGAUUUAACAGGCGGGACAGCUGAACUCUAUUACUUGGAUGAAGCUCCAGAAAAUUUGUUCCAGAUAGUCCAGAAGAGACUGAAAGCAAAAGCUUUACUCACCUGCUCCUCUAAAUCCGAUGAGUUUUCCAGAGAGGCCGAAACAGUUGCAAAUAACAGCGUGGUUAGGAAACAUGCGUAUUCUGUCACCGGGGCAGAAGAGGUAUCCUACCGGGGUGGUAAAGUGACAUUGAUCAGGGUGCGAAAUCCUUGGGGAUACAAAGAAUGGAACGGAGCCUGGAGUGAUAAUGCCCCAGAAUGGAAUGAGGUCGAUCCCAAUGUGAGUGCAGCGCUUAAUAUUCGGUGUGAUGAUGGAGAAGUUUGGAUGCCGAUUUCAGACUUCAUCAGCGAAUAUGUUCGGGUAGAGGUGUGUAACAUUAACCUGAGCAACGCGCUUAGCACCGACGAUCAGAAGUGGAGUGUGACGCAAUUUACAGGGAGCUGGAAGAAGGGGCUGAAUGCUGGCGGGACCCAAAAAAACAAAGAUACGUUUUGGACCAACCCAAAGUUCUGGAUAACACUGGAAGACCCCGAUGAGGAUUACGUCGGUCCUGCCACGAAGCCGUGCUGCACGAUCAUCGUGAGCCUGAUGCAGAAGGAUCGCAGGAGGAACAAACCGCUGGGAGCAAAUCUGCAUCCCAUCGGAUAUUAUAUUUAUCGGGUCCCCAAAGAGCUGCAGAAAUCGGGCCAAACCCAACUUCGCAAAGAUUUCUUCGAGAAAAACCAAGACGUCGCCCGGCAGGUUCUGUACAAGGAGCACCGCGAGAUCUCAAGUCGUUUCAAGUUACCCGUCGGCGUAUAUAUGAUUAUUCCGCACACCUACACCCCCAACCUGGAAGCGGAUUUCUGCCUCCGCGUUUUCACCGAGAAAAAGGCUGGAGCUUUUGGUGACAUUGGCUUUGGCAUAAACCCCGGUCAAAACGAGCUAAGCUUGCCCAGCACGUCCGUAGACACAACAAGUGACUCUGAAUCCAAUGAGAUGAACCAAGAGAUAAACGUAUUUGAUGCCGAGGAGCUGCAGAAGACUCUGAGUGAGAGGCUAUCAAACUGUCCUGAUAUUAAAUCAGAUGGGUUCAGUCUGGCUACGUGCAAAGAAAUGAUCAAUCUAUUUGAUAUGGACAGAACUGGAACCCUGGGGUCAGACGAGUUCAGAAUUCUCUGGAUUAAGUUACAGAAGUACAUGGAAAUCUUUAAGGAAGUGGACGCCAACCAGUCGGGAAACAUGGACGCCUAUGAAAUGCAAAACGCUUUGCAGAAAGCAGGUCUUAAUCUGAAUGACAACAUUCUCGAAGUCAUCAUUCAACGAUAUGGCACUAAAGACCUGACUAUUAGCUUUGAUGACUUCAUCGGCUGUGUCAUACGGCUGGAGACCAUGUUCAACAUGUUUCAGAUCUUGAAGACGGAGGAGAAUGAUGUCAUCAGUCUCACGUUAUAUGAGUGGGUCUGCGCAGCAUUUCCUUAAAGUGGGACAAAGGAAAAUCAUAAUGAAGAUGAUUAACACCGGAUUAUAUAUGAAUUGGACAAGAUCGCUCCGAAGAAAUCCGGAGAGCAGGGAUCCAAAUCUUUGUUUUUAGUUUUGCAAUAGGUGCCAACAGUCCCAACAGCCAUGUGUAAAUUCUGGCAUACUUCAUAAUUGGCCAUAAAUUAAAC